GCAUGUCGUUGAAGAAUGGCAUGGAGGCCCGGUUUGACGACACGGCUGCUGUUAUCGCGACGAGUCUACUGAGGAACUCAUUGAGUGCGAACAAAGAUGGUACAUAUCGUGCUACUUCCCUCAGUCGUCUUUGACAAAGACACCCGAGCAAUCUGCACCAGAGCCAUCAGCCAGUUCCUGGAUAGUAAAUCACCAUGCGCAUACAUCGACCCCGAUUCCGGCGAGAAGUGCGUUAAUACCAAAUCUGGUCACCGAAUAGGCCAUCAAAGCGCGUCAGGCGACCUUUUACACGAUGGAAACUUUGUCGUUGGCGACUUCAAUUCCGCCAAGUUUUUGCUUGCGAUCGAAUCAGCCCUUCACACCACCAUGCGAGGGAUCAAUUUAAGCGGUCCUUCCAACCACUGCGACUGGCGGCGCCUUGCGGCCGUUCAUCAUCGCCAAAACAUUGAUACCUUGAGACGGCUUGGUGGCUACCCAGCAUCACAUGACGAAAAGCGUCGAUUCCCUUUUGGCUAUAACCCCGAGGACAACCCAUUUGCACUUGCAAGAUCGUUUCUUUCUCUUUACUCAAGUCUUUCGAAUCGCGGAACCGAAAUAAACGCAACCUUUUGUCUCAGUUGUCUGUUUGGAAGACCGGAAUACCGUCUUCCCUGCGGACAUGUCAUCUGCGAGACAUGCGUGGAUGAUUUCGAUGAUACCGAUUUAGAUAAGCGAUAUCCCGGACGCUUCAUCCAUCAAAGAUGUAUAAUCUGCGGAAGUUCGUCAUCUGACAAGUGGCCGUUCAUUACUACCAUCAGGCCGCCGUUUUCUGGCCUUCGGGUACUGUCGCUUGAUGGAGGAGGCGUACGGGGAAUCGUUGAGCUGACGGUUUUGAACCGCUUGGAGAAAGAGGUCGGGCUUGGUAUCCCGAUUGGGAGUUUCUUUGAUCUCAUUGUUGGUACCAGUACAGGUGGCAUCAUCGCACUGGGUAUAGGUGUGCAACGACGAAGUGUCGUCGAAUGCACAAGUCUGUUCCGCAACAUCUGCAGCAAAGGGUUCGAGGCCAAGUUUCUCACCAAGUCUCGGUUCUUUGGUUGGGCGGCCCGAUGGUUUAGCAGUUCGAUCUACAAGACUGAUGUUUUGGAGACAGCCCUCCAAAAUGCGUUUGAGGGGAAGGAUCCAAAAUCGCUCUAUGGACUAAACAGCUCCUGUAGAGUUGCGGUCACCACCACGGCCAAGGAAGAUUGUCACUUGAUUGCCAACUACAAUCCGGGCGGUAAAGAUCGAUAUCUUGAUUCGAAACUCCCGCUAUGGAAGGCCGCGCGAUGUACCUCGGCAGCUCCCAUGUACUUCGAACCUAUUUCUCACGCCGGGAAUGAAUGCCGCGAUGGCGGCUUGAAGGAGAACAACCCAAUCCAAGUAGCGCUCAAUGAGUCACGAAAGAUAUGGGAAGAUCCUACUUAUGAUGUUAUUCUGUCUAUCGGAUCUGGGCGAGCUAGAUAUCCCGCAGCUGAGCCCGUUUCCACAGCCAUCAUACCAAAAUGGCUUGCGCAUCUCUUCUCAACCCUUGUCAGCACCAUGAACGGCGAAGAUGCCUGGGACAGAUUCCUCACGAGCCAGGACAAACGUAUCCGAGACCGUGCGUCAAGGCUAAACUUGAGGUUCGAUGGGAGUACUGAACCUGCCCUCGAUGACACGGGUGCUAUUGCGACUAUGGAAGCAGCAGCAAAGAAGGCCGCCUUCUAUGAGAAGACUUCUAUCUCGCCCUUCUCAGCAACCUCUGGCAUUUUGCAUGCAGACGCACUCCAAUGCAUAGCUGACAAACUACGAGCGAGCCUCUAUUUCUUUGAACUCGGUAGUAUCACGAAACAUGGCGCCGUCACAGUUAUUCAUGGCUGGAUCUGCUCCCGUUUGAUGCCAAAUGAUCAAGGCUUCGAAGAACUCCUGACUCGUACUUCGAAAUUCCUUGUUCGAGGAAAGGUAUACGAGGUAAAGCGAGUUGCGGAUGACAAACCACUUCGAUUCGCAAUUGAGUUUCAACAUCAGCAUCUUGAUGAGCCGAUUCGCAUCGAUGCCAACUUUGGAGCUACACAUUCUACGAGUAUUAGCGGCUUUCCAAUGACUUUAAAGACUCUGUUCGCGCAUUCGGAACGUCAGCCGACUUCAUCAGCGCCAGUGCCAUUGGCCGAACUGGCAAGCAACACCAGCCAAAUCAAUCCAACUACUGGAAUCAAUACAGACGAAAGCACCAGCUUGAAGAAAACAUCAGCAGCUGACCUGUCAGUCAACACCCAGCACACAACGAGAGCAGUACCACCUCAACAGACAGCUACAGCGCCCCAGCCCAAGCCGAUGGAAGCCAAUCCUAAUACUGUGGAGAACCUGGUGUCAGCUGCAAAGAAGAAUGAUUCUGUUAAAGUAGUUGAACUACUCGAUCAAAAGCUUCUGCUUGAGAGGGGCGCAAAAGCGAACAUCUGCGCAAAGCGACCAGUAUUCCUUGGUACUGGAGGGACGCCGAUUACAAUGGCUGCAGGCAAAGGCCACCUCGAAGUCGUCCGGUAUCUCCUUGAAAAGGGUUGUGAUGAUGAAUCUCCUGAAAAGCUUCCCGGAUGGGAUGCGUUUAUCAUCGCCUGCGAAAGAGGGCAACUCAACAUCAUCAAAUACUUCCUGGAAGAGAAACAUCUCAAUGCAAACAGAAUCGGCAACAAUGGCAUUACGCCUCUGAUGACGGCUGCUCAGAGCCAACAGACUGCUGUUAUGGAGUACUUGGUCAAGCGCGGGGCCCACAUAGACGCCGUUGACAUUGACGGCAGCGCAGCGUUACUACAUGCUGUGAUGAAUAAAAGGGUUGGCGCGGUAGAGUGGCUAGUGAGCCGUGGUGCGGACGCAAGGAAGCAGAACAAGAAUGGGGUCUCGCCCUUGAAGCUGGCACAGGAGGAGUUGAAGAAGAAGGCGGAUGACAAGAAUGCGGCGGCUAUGGUCAAGUGGCUUGAAAUGCCGAUAAAUGUUGCAUUUCAUACAAAGGCUUAGACACCCUGCGGGCCUUGAUACCCGUACCAUUCUUGACGGCUCGAAUAAGGAUCCACUGAUGAUGGAACAGAUAGGGUCGUUGGUGUACUCAAUUAUCCCAGAAGCUUGAUGAAGAGGUUACAUAUACACACUCCUGGUAACGAUAUAUGGCAUCCUUCGUGUGGUGUCCAAUCGAGUACUUUUACGUGACACUCAUAUUGCAG